AUGUCGGAGAGAAUGAAUGUGGGAGGUGUUGAGGACAGAAAGAUGAAGCGUAAGCUCGAGGAGGCGGCGGAGAAGCAGGACGAAGAGACCGAACAUUUUCUGUCUCUGAGGCUCUUCAACAACGCCGACAUGUCGAAACCUUUGAAGGCGGCGGGCCAUGGUGGUGGUUUUGUCAGCAAGAAACCAGAGGGAAGGAAGAAGGAGUUUGGGUGCAAGUACUGCAUGAAGAAGUUCAAAAGCUCGCAGGCUCUGGGCGGUCACCAGAAUGCACACAGGAGAGAGAGAGUGAUCUGGAAGAUGGAGAAGGAACUCAGUGCUUUCGGACACCCUCAUCACUUGUGUCCUUGCUCAUCCAUUAUUGCUAACAAUGGUCUUCCUUUAACACCCUCUCGUACUGCUUCGUCGUCUUCUUCUGCUCCUGCUUCACCUUUCAUUAAUCCGCAUUUUCAUCGCCACGGGAUUAAUGGGAGUCACAGUCGCGUGCCAAAUUGGACUCAUGGCUCUGCUCAUCAUCAAGGCCAGCCCAAACCCAUUUUAUCCUUUGGGAUGAACACUUCUGGGAAUCCAAAUGCUGUGGAAAAGAAGCCUGCUGUAUCCUCAGGUCUCGACUUAUCCCUCAGACUCUGA